AUGGGGCUCAACAGACAGGCAUGCACACUAGAGUGUGAAGGAAAGCUGCCUUCUGCCAAAGCCUGGGAGACCUGCAAGGAGCUCUUGCAACUGGCAAAGCUGGAUCUUUCUGAGGAUGGCAACAUUGCUCCAGGAGACAAGAAAGAGCUGGAUGAAAACCAUUUGCUUGCAAAGAAGUAUGGAGGCUUCAUGAAAAGAUACGGGGGGUUCAUGAAGAAGAUGGAUGAGCUCUAUCGGGUAGAACCGGAGGACGAAGCUAACAGAGGAGAAAUCCUGGCUAAGAGGUAUGGAGGGUUUAUGAAGAAAGACUCGGACGACGAUACCCUUGCUAAUUCCUCUGAUCUGCUGAAGGAGCUUCUAGGAACAGGGAAUAAUCCUGAAGCAGGGCAUUACCGAGAGAUAAAUGAAAACGACGGGGACGUCAGCAAAAGAUAUGGAGGCUUCAUGAGAAGCGUAAAGCGCAGCCCCGAAUUGGAAGAUGAAGCCAAAGAGCUGCAAAAGAGAUACGGUGGUUUCAUGAGAAGAGUGGGCAGGCCAGAAUGGUGGCUGGAUUACCAGAAACGAUACGGUGGGUUUCUUAAGCGCUUCGCUGACUCCAUUCUCCCUUCAGAAGAAGAUGGGGAAACUUAUUCCAAAGAGGUCCCAGAGAUGGAAAAGAGAUAUGGUGGAUUUAUGAGAUUUUAAUACCUUUCCCUUCAUCCCUUUUGUCCUAAAUCAGAAAGACUGCCUUAUUGGUCAUAACUUAUUGUAACGUGUUGCUUGUAUUGUACAGUUUUUUACUGUCCUUGGUUAAUGAUGCAACCUGCAAUCUGUUGUUUCAGGUUCUGUGUUCUUUCAAGUCAAAUAACUAAUUUCUGUUUUAGUCAAGUUUCAGUCUGUAUUGUAGUUUCCAUGCUAGAACUAUUUUGAUUACUGUAUCCAUUUUCUUUAAAGGGGAAGUACAUCUACAGUAGAGUUGCUUAAUGUAUAUACAAUAAAUUCUUCAUCCUAACUGCAUAA